CGCGGGGCGGGCGGUGGCAUGGCGGGCGGGCGGCCGUGGCUGUCCGGGCCUCGCAGGCGGCUGAAGCCGCUGCGGACGGUGGUGGCGUGGAGGGGCAGGGCGGAGUGGGACCAGGUGAUGGUGGGGCUGUACUGCGGGGACGGCCGCCUGCAGCAGGAGGCGCUGGAUCGGGUCUCGGCCUGGAAGAGCCGGUAUGGCCCUAAAAUGCCUCUUGCAGUGGAUUGUACUGCUGAACUGAUUCGUUGCAAGGUUCUGGAUUCAUCUGGCAGACUGAGGUCACACGAGCUCAUCCUGUCCUAUGGUCUGGCCCUUGUAAGAUUUGUCAACCUGAUCACAGAAAGGAAACAGAAAAUGGUCAGCAUUCCGCUGAGACAAUUAGCCAUAGAGGUGGAUAUCCCCAUCUGGGUUGUGGAUCUGCGCCAUGAGCUGACCCAUGGGAAGCUGCCCCGCCUGGCUCUGUGCCGCAAGGGUUGUGAUGUUGUGCUGGACUGGCUACGAAAGACAUAUUGGAGCCGUCAGUUGGGCAAUAAUUUGUGUGAAGAAAGUGAGGAGGAGGAGGAGGAGGAAGAGGAGCAGGAAGAGGAGCAGGAAGCAAUGGGAGCAAACACAGAAUUGGACAAUGACACAUGGGAAGUUCAAACCCCACAGCAUGAGGCCUGUCAGAAGCACAAGGAAUUCCAUGAAAAAGUCAGAGAUGUGCUGAUAUCCUACAAAGAUGAGCAAUUUCGGGUUAUGCAGACAGUCCAGUCUGUUUCAAAGUCUCGAGAAUUGUGGUCUAAUUCUUCUUCAGAGGUGGACUGGAUUUUGGCUCAGAUCAAAGACUUGAUGCAAGAGAACAGGGAGACAGUGGCUGAAGUUCUUCUCAGUGAUGGUUUUCUCAUCCCAACAGUCGAUUGCCUGAAGAUGUUAAAUAUCAAGUAUGAAGCAAAUAAAGCAGUAUGGCAAUUCAGAAUUCCUCAGACGUUAUACUGCUUCUGGCAGCCCUUGCUGACAGGCCUCCUUUCCCGAAGUUUUACACAGACCCUAAUAGACAAAAUGUUUAUGAAGUUAAAGGAAUGUUCUGAUUCUUCAGAACUCCGUCCUCAGUUCCUGAUCAACUGGAUUUCUGAGAUGCUGACUAGCAUUGCCAGAGUUAACAGUGGGAAGAAAAGACGCCGCUGUAACAAACGUGUGUAUGUGAAGGAGCUGUUCCUCCACAAAGUUCCUUUGCAGUGGAUAAGACUAACUGAAAAUUGCUUGGAAGCUCCUUGCUGGGCAACCCCACACCUUCUUCAGUUGAUCCUCACAAGCAUGAGACCUCGUUUGCCACGUUCUUCACGGAAGAACCUUCUCUAUCUCACAUCCAUUUACACGGAAGGAGGUGGUCCAUUGUCCAGCCCAGGCCUCUUGUCAAACUACAGUGAACAGCCAAUUUACACUAUAGAGAGCUUACAGUGGAGGGUGAGGCAAGAAAAUCAGGUUAAAAAUGAAGGGCAGGCUGCAGAGAAUCAAGAAGAUGUGCUGGAGAAAGAUGAUGGUGUAGAGGAAGUAGAGGAGGAGGAAGAAGAGAUGGUAACUGAAACAAAUCAUUUGGAAGGACUUGCUCAUUCUGAUAACAUGGUGGCUAUUGCUGAGAAAAAGGCAGCACUACAAGGGUCUGCAUGGCAGAUCAUUGCAGAUGAAAUACAAUGGAAAGACUUUCCUCUUGGGAAACUCCCAGGUCAGACAGAUGACCCUGAUGGUCUCAUGUUGGAUAAUUAUUCCAUGAUGUCUCUGCUUGAUCAGCCAGUGAGAGAUGAGUGGAAGUCUCCCAAUACAAACCUGACACUGGACUUGUAUCGUUGAUGGACACAGUGAGACUGAAGUAGCUACUGUGACAACUCACCAGUGUGCUCUGCAGAAUUGAAUAUUCCUGUGACAGGAGGAUUGCUAUGGACCCAGAAUGACUUCCAUAAAAUAAAAAGUGGCCUUCAGCUUUUCUAAGACAGCAAAGUGCUCUGCAGCUUUCAGCAUUGCACAAGAUAAGUGACACGGAGGAACUAGUAAUGGUGAUAUGGAAAUAGCCACUCCAGGAUUUUUUUUUUUCUUGAGGACUUACUACUUUUGACCAUGUAAAAUCAGUGUUUUAUCAAAGUAAGUUCCGUGUAUAGCAGCUAUUGUCUGCUUAAUUACUGUCAUGGGCUUCUAACUCUAGCUGAUGUUUAUGAAAUAUAGUUAGUAUACUUCAGAAUCCCUCACUAUUCCUUAAUUUUUUUUUUUGUGGUUAAUAAAUGUCACCAACUGAAGGCAAACCUU